ACGGGUUUGUCUUCAUAUGCGUUCGUUAUCGUCGUGCUUGGCAGCCUGCCCUGGCGGCGUCCGAGCUGGAUUCGCCCGUGGGCCCUGGAACAUUUCUUCUCCACAAAAUUCGUGUCCCCUUCGUCAAGCCCCUUCGGUGAUGAUCGCCUAAUGUUAUAGCGUAUGCAACGUUCUCGAACAUCGACGCGGCCUCUUCGGAUAUCCAUACACGGCUGCGACAAAACCAACCGUCGUUCAUGGCCAUCCUGGCUGCUCUGUAUCGAUCUCGCACUCUGUCUGGCUUAAGAUGAGCUUCCCUGGUCGUAUCCUCUCGUCCAACAACAUCUUCAAGCCCGCGCUGCACUACCUCUCUCAGAGCAUACCGUCCAAGACGCCGUCCACGCCUCGCAUCACGCACAGCGAUCCCGACGACAUAGACUCGUCGCCUUUCGAGAACCCACUGCGGCAAUGGCACUCGCGUGAAUCGUCGGGCGAGCUGGAUCCUCGCAGCGCGGGCGGCAUACCUCUCAUUAACUAUUCGCGCACGCCCUCCCCGACGCCGUAUCGAGGCAACAGGUUUCGCAGCGCCACGCAAAGCUCGGACGAGGGCCUGGCCGAGGACAUACGUACGGGUCUGCGACCGCUGACGGGCAAUGGCUUCGAGAGCGACGAGCGCAGAGGCUGGUGGAGGAACAUGACGAAGAGCGAAAACCUAGGCGGCUUUCUCUUCGGUACAUGGCUGGGUUGGCAGGUCUACGUGGCGCUGCUGGUCGUCUGGAGCUUCGCCGCGGGCUUCAACCUGAUCCUCAUGAACAGGUUCAUUCUAUGGACGGGCGUAUACAAGUUCCCAUAUCCGCUUGCACAUACGUGGAUACAGUUGGCGUUCACGCACGGCUUCUUGGUUCUCGCGGCAUGUCUCACGAGACUGCUGGCUCAUCCGCUUCGACGACUCGGACUGAGCUCGUGGAUCGCACCGGCGUAUCCUUCGAGCACGGCCACCCAUCUCUCCGCGCGGAAAGGCCUUCAAAAGUUCAACCCCCUCUACAUAUUGUUCAGCAAAUCGGGAGGCAUCGCUGGAGGAGGCUUCCUGGAGUUCGAUAGAUCCGUCGCCCUGGACGUGGCUCCAUUGGCCGUGGUGUACGUCGGCAAGGUCGUCCUGAGCAACAUUUCCUACGCAUAUGCUCAACUCCCCCUAUACACGCUGUCCCGCAUUCCCACCGUGCCCGUCACGCUUCUCCUCACAGCCUGCUUUGGGCGCACCAGCCAUUCCGUCUCGACGUUGAGUAGCGCGUUGGUCAUAACCAUCAACCUGCUCAUUGCGAGCGUCCGCAAAAGCGAGCGCGUCAUAUGGGAGUCGAUCGUUGCUGGCGUUUUCUCUUCCCUCUUCAUUGCGCUUUACCCCAUCCUUUUGAUUCGAACUCACAAGAAGCUCAUCGCACGACAAGUGUCGACGGGCGACAUCUUCACGACCCAGCCCGAAUCGGCUUUCGUGUCAGGACACCAUACGAGAGAGGAAACGAAAGCGUAUUGGACGCUGCUCCAUUACACGUCGAUGCUCUCCAUCCUCCUCCUGUCACCGCUCCUGCUGAUAAGCGGCGAGCUCCCCAACAUCCUGCACAACUGCUACUUUCUCGACGUACCCUGGUUCUGGUUCCUGUCUUCGAUGGGCGGCCUGGCGUCCUUUGCGGUGUUCAGCACAACACUAGCUUUCGUCCGGGCUACGAGCCCAUUGACGACAGAGGUGGUCAAAUUGCCGCGGCAAGCGGCGCAGAUGAUGAUUCUGGAGCACUUCAAGCUGCCUGUUCAUGUUUGGGUUGGCAUCAGUUUUGUCUAUGCGGGAAGCUUUUGGUACGCGUGGGUCAAAAGGGACGAAGGCAGACGCUGGGAGAUGCGACGAAUUGGAACUGCGCGGAGAUAGAGGCAUCCUGCGUGAUGUGGAUUUCAAAUACAACAACAAGGCAUGAAAGAAGGCAGACUGUAGCUUCUAGUCUUCUCUAUCCAGACCUGUUUCCGUCUUGGGAACCGUCUUUCACGCGCAAAGAAAGGAAGAUGUAGUGCCAGCGUGGGUAGACCGCUUUGAUGAUGAAUACAAGCAUUUGUGCUUGGCCUCCUCAGCGACCAUUCGAACUGAAUUGGCCUAACAUCUCGUUCUAUUCCAGCAGAUUUAUAUUGCGCGGGGCCACCAAAGAUUCCGCCUUGG